AUAUGCGCAUUGCUGAUAUAUCAACAAAGUGCGAGACAGCAGCACCACCAGUGUUAGGGCUAAGUAUUUGAUUAAGCUAUUUGAUUGAGCUAUCAAUACAUGUUGCAUUGUUAACAUUAUAUUGAUGCCUCUCACUACCUCCGGAUACCCCCUGGUGAAGAUCUCUUUCGUAAUAAGAUAACGGACAAGGUGGUUGGAGCACUAGACAGGUCCUCACAAUGGCUGACCCUGCAAGAAUGAAAAUUGAUUCUGGAUCAGCAUCCAUGCCAAAGGAGGAAUUGCAGGAAAACGACGUUAGUGAAAAAGAAGGACCUGCUGGAAGCGAAGUUUCUGUAGAUUCCAGCUCCCAGCAGUCACAAAAAGACGACGACAAAGCGGAACAUUCGAAGGAGGCGAAUGCUGGGGAGGAUGAGGAUGAGGGAACGUCAGGUCUACACCCCCCAGCCUCUAAGAAAUUGAAGGUUGACGCAGAGAAGAAGAAGGAGAAGCGGCAGAAAGUAGAUGAAGAUGAGAUCCAAAAGAUGCAGGUUUUAGUCUCUUCAUUUUCUGAGGAACAGCUUAAUCGUUACGAGAUGUACAGACGGUCUGCAUUUCCCAAAGCUGCUAUUAAAAGGCUUAUCCAGUCCAUCACAGGAACCUCCGUCUCACAAAACGUGGUCAUUGCCAUGUCGGGUAUUUCAAAAGUCUUUGCUGGGGAGAUUGUAGAAGAAGCGCUGGACGUAUGUGAUAAGUGGGGAGACACGCCGCCUCUGCAGCCCAAACACAUGAGAGAAGCUGUGAGGAGGCUGAAGAGCCGAGAGCAGAUCCCUAACACCAAGCACAAACGCAUCCUCUUCCACUGAAGAGCCACCACCAAGGCCAAGCAAAGUUCUGCUGCAGCAAAGUUAAGGAAGAUGAGUGACGUGUCUUCAGGCUAGGAACUAUAAUGAGGUUGGAGAUGGAGAACGUUUUCAGUGCUGCCUCCGCAAUGUUUUUGUAGAUAGAUGUGUAACAACAAUGCUCAUCUAAAGCAUUAUCACAUUCUUAUAUACAGACCUUUUUUGUUGCAUCAUCUACUCUUUUUUUUUUUUAUUAUUAAAGAAUUUAAUAACAUC